CUACCACAUCCUGGAUCACCUGUGGAAUGACCCAUGGACGCUGUUCAACUGCGCCCUAACAUGUCGGACGUGGCGAGACGCCAGCAGACGACUGUUGAAGCGAGGCCACGUUCUCACCAUCAACAAUUUCGAGAACCUCGACCGCAUCUCCAGACUGCUAAACAACAAGAAGACGCGCCACUUCUAUCGCGACCUGCAGCAGCUGUACAUCGCGGACGACAAGGAGAAGCCGUUCUUGCACAUCCUCCCUCUCCGCCUCCCUGGCUCGCUCCUGCCUAACGUGCGGCUCCUCCGACUGUCAAACAUAGACUGGACGAGUCGCAGGCCACACUCCAGCACGCUCGCUAUGACGACUGCGUUCGCGGCGGUCAUUGACAUCAGUAUCGAUGGGAGCCGCUUUGGCAGCUCCGCGGAUAUCCGACAGUUCAUAUCGGCAUUUCGCAACUUGACCGCCCUCGAGCUGGACGGAGUCAACAUAUUGUCCCCUGUCGCUGGGCCAAGGUACUUGGAUCUGUCCAAGGCUGCCUGCUCCCCCGUGAAGUGGUUGCGCAUGGAGAACCUGCAUCUCUAUGCAAUACCUCGAGGAGGUAGUACUGCGAUCGCAUAUCUGGUCUUCCUCAACCCUAUACUCGAUCUGUGUUCGACCUUCACGUCCUUGUCGAUGCUCCAUAUCCGAAGAUGCACCUUUGGGAGCUUCGACGAUUUGCGACGAUUUGUCUGCUGCUUCCCGCGGCUCCGUCAACUGAAGAUGAUGGACGUCGGGUGGGACACCACCUUUCCCCGACGUUUGACUCUGCCUCUUCUUGACGAAGGUCCAGGACUGCUGAGACUGGAUACGUUCCAUGCAAGGGUCGCGUCAUAUACCCACGGCGAUCGCCUGCUCCAAUGGCUUGCCACGAGCCUUCCCAACCAUACCCUCGAGUCGCUUGACAUCAGACCAUGCAGCGCAUCACUUGUAGGACGAACCUUGCGCGCAAUAGGUGGCAGCCUAGAAAGACUAACACUGUAUACUACCGCAUCAGACGGUGAGAAUCUACCCACAUUGUCAGACGUAUCGCUGACACAACCCCGAUGUAGAAGCUGUGACCGUGCAGACUAUCUACGGCAAAACGAGUCGGUAUAUCCUUCAGAUCCGGAUCAGCGUCCGACAAGACACGCCCACACUUCAGGUGUCGCGCCUUGCAAUGCUACAGGCGCUUUCAGAGUUCGACGGCAUCACUUGCGAAGUACGCCGCAUCGACUUGCGCAUCAAUACGGACUCGCAGACAUUCGUCCCGCAUGACCCAUUUUCCACGGGUCAAGGUUCUUUUGGAAAGAAGACUGCAGGAAGCGUAAUUGGUAGUCCGAUCUUUGCCUCUGUUGAGCGAGUGACCGUCGACCUGGAGCGCUAUCCCCUCCUGAAAGGGACGGAGACGUCGGCCUUACGAGAGGCACGAGACGAGAUCCGUCAUUUACUGUCGGGAUGGGAUAGUCGUGGCGUUCUGUAUUUCUCAUAUCCGUCGUGCUAUUCGGACAGCGGUGACACUAC